GAUACUAGUGGUCCUUUUAUGGCUGAUAUUGGUGGCCAUACCCUUUUCUUAAAUAUUUUUCGAGAAAAAAAACUAUUCAAAGCUUCCCAUGAGGAUAUCAGACAGCGAAAAAAAAACAGUUGUUGCAGCCAGACCUUGGCCCUAUAAUAAUACUCUAAUUGAUCCAACAAAAGAAAAUUGUACAGAGCAGCCAUGACGAUAUCAUUUGCUUCACACCUCAUCGAAUACAUCAUUAUCCUAAGGCCUAUAUAUACAAAUGAAAAUCAACACAUUGGCAUAUAAUUCUACAACUCAAAAUUAAUUGUUGUAAUUAAUAUCUUUAUAAUGCAAAAAUCAAGAAGAUGGAAAAAUCACAUGAGAAUGUUAAGGCAUUUGAAUUAUUUUACAUGUUUUAUCUUUACAGUAAUCGGUAAAGGGUGACUGGUGAAAAAGAAGUGCAGUUCAAAGUUAUGUAUUGUGGAAUUUGUCAUACUGAUCUUCAUAUGAUCAAGGGUGAAUGGACCAAUAGCAUAUAUCCAAUGGUACCUGGGCAUGAAAUUGUUGGUGUAGUAACUGAAAUUGGUAGCAAAGUGGAGAAAUUUAAAAUUGGAGACAAAGUUGGAGUUGGAUGUUUAGUAGGAUCAUGUAGAAAAUGUGUAAAUUGUGACAACGAUCUUGAAAACUACUGUCGCGAUCAGAUAUUGACAUACAGUGCUAUUUACUCCGAUGGAACACCUACGUAUGGUGGUUACUCCGAUAUCAUGGUAACGGAUGAACACUACGUGGUCCACUGGCCGGAAAAUUUACCAAUGGAAGCUGCACCUUUGUUAUGUGCAGGGAUCACAACUUAUAGUCCAUUGAAAUAUUUUGGACUUGACAAGCCUGGAAUGCACAUUGGUGUUGUUGGUCUUGGUGGACUUGGUCAUAUGGCUGUCAAAUUUGCUAAGGCAUUUGGUACCAAAGUGACUGUCAUUAGUACAUCUGCUAGUAAGAAACAUGAAGCAAUUGAGCGUUUGGGUGUGGACUCAUUUUUGGUUAGUCGCGACCCUGACCAAAUGCAGGCUGCAGCUGGCUCACUCGAUGGCAUCAUCGAUACUGUUUCUGCAAUUCACCCUCUUCUUCCAUUGAUUGAUUUGUUGAAAUCUCACGGGAAGCUAGUGAUGGUUGGUGCGCCUGAAAAACCACCAGAGUUGCCCAUAUUUCCCCUGAUUCUGGGAAGGAAGCUAGUGGCGGGGAGCGCUACAGGAGGGAUAAAGGAGACACAAGAGAUGGUAGAUUUUGCAGCUAAGAAUAACAUAACACCAGAUGUUGAAAUCGUGGCGAUGGACUACGUGAAUACAGCGUUGGAGCGCCUUUCGAAAGCGGACGUGAAGUAUCGUUUUGUGCUGGACAUAGGCAAUACAUUGAACAAGAGUUGAGAUGUGUGUCCUAUUUCUUUGGUUUUGUGUAUCAAAGGAAGGAGUCAGAGAAUAAAUAUGAUAUUGUGUUUUCUAGUGUUGAUAACACUCACGAAUCAUGUAGUUGAAAAGCAGAGUGAUAAAACUAUCAACAUUCAGUAUUUAUAUCAAAUUAUACUAAUUUAGUAUCAUAGUCGAUUCAUA